CUAGACACCUCUGAACGUUGAUAACGUACACACAGUGCAAUAGCGGCAUGACAAUGAAGAAAGAAUAGAAGCAUAUAACCUCGAUAGCAGACACCUGACUUUUGAGCAAACCAAAAACAUGUGGUUUUGUCAUCUCCUAUAUUGAUCUUCCUGUGAAAUCGGAUGGCGAUAUCACGGACGGGCCUCGUAACAAACAUGUUGUAUUAUGCUGUCAUCCUGUCUGUGAUUGCAAGUGGUUCUUCAGGUGGACCAGUUGUCAGGCCAGUGCUGACUAAGGUGUCGGAGACUGCCAGGUUCAGCUGGGAGAUUCCACCCGGAAGUCUGGGGCCUGGGACUGUUUACUUCACCGUCAAUCCUGCUGGGAUUGGUGUUUUCAUAUUGACGAGUUCUGGCCUGUUAAUCCCAUAUGAAUCUUACGGCAAUAGACUGGGGUUUCAGGGAAACAGAACAUCUAGGAACGUCACCUUCACCAUGAGCAACAUCCAGACAUCUGAUGCAGGGACAUACACGUGUGGGGCUGGGGCUGUAUACAAUGUUAUACACAACUGUGGACAGAAACUUGUUGUACUGGGUAAACCCACAACACCUGGUCGUCCAGUGUCAACAACACCUGUCUACAACCAGCAAGUGACCUUGACCUGCAACUCCACCUCUACCUCUGUCCCAGCUGACCAUGGUCUGGUCUUGACUUACACUUGGCAGCGUGACAACGAUAGCAUCACAGUUAAUACCAUUGGUCCAACCUAUACAUUCACCGUGAGUUCCCGGGACAGUCACAACUACAGAUGUAGAGCGAGAGAAAGUCAGGGCCUGGAGUCAGAUUGGAGCCAGAUGUACAACAUGGAGCCUCAGUACGGCCCUUCUGUAUCUGCUGCUACCAACACCCUCAAUCCAGGUGCGGGGAUACCUGUAUCGAGGUCUGUAGAGACGACAGUGGAUGUACAGUACGGUACUUCUGUGUCUGUUGCGGCCACUAACACCCUCGGUCCUAAAGUAGGGACAGCUGUAGUGACAUCUUCCUCUGUAGAGACGACAGUGGAUGUACAGUCUCGGUCGCCCCCUUCACAAACUGGAUUUAUCGCUGAAGUGGCAGGUGGUGUGUUGUUUGUGGUUGUCGUUGUUGUGGUCGUCGUUGUCGUAUUGAUGAAGACGAGAUGCGAAUGUGCAUGUGCAUUGCAGAGUACAGGCACAACAGACAUGCCGAAUACGUCGCGGAUCCAAGAUAAGCGAGACCAAGAGCCGUAUUACCAAGACAUUGACAACACCUACGACGAGAUUGCGGACAGAUCAAGACCCUACAGACUUCACCAACUUGGCAUGUAUGUGAAUGCUCAUGGCAGAGACAUUGGCAACACCUACGACGAGAUUGCAGAGAGAUCAAGACCCUACAGACUUCACCAACUUGGCAUGUAUGUGGAUGCUGAUGGCAGAGAUUUGACUUAUGACUACAUACGGAACUGAUCGAAAUUGCUGACACGAAUAAAACGUGAUGUACUUUACGCACUUAAUGAGGGUGCACAUCUGACGUUCUCUAUAAAGGAGGGUGUUGCUUCAGUACCUAAGUUUGUUUAAAUGGACACUGAAUACAUUCUCAACGUUCCUCGUGUAUGUUUAUGGAUAUACACCAGGUAAGAACUAAUGAUGAACAAGUGCAUUUACUAGACAAGUAAUGAGUAAGCGAAUAGAAAAUAUGUGCAUUGUCAGUUAUUCAGACUCCUUUUGAACUUGUGUUAGAUACUUAAGUAACAUAAAAGAGACAUGUUUGAUUUGCAGGUGUCUUAGAUGCCGCAGUCGUACGAUCUUAAUGUGUCCUAAACACUGGAUAUAUGUUAGAAAAAACAUGUUAUUGCACUAUGUUCUUAUUGGUUCGACACCAGUUUCAGCUCCAGACAUAACACGUCAAUGUGUACCUUGGUCAUUUAUGUGUUGUAUAUGCAGUUGUGUGGGCACAGAGUGGAGCGUAGACCUCAUUGAGUUGAACGUGGCAGUGUUUGUAGGCACUUUUUGUAAACAAACUUGUGCUAUACAAAUGUAUAUAUCUACAUGUAUGUUAUAUCAUGUAUAUUUCAGUUAAUGCUGAAACUAAGUGCAAAUUAGGCAAGCUCAAAUAAAACUUUCACCUCUUUUCGUGCAUGCA